CGGGCGCGGCCCCGCCCCGCGGGCAGUGCGCAUGCAUGGGCGGCGCGGUCUGAGUCAGCUCCGCGCAGCGGGACGGGCACCAUGAACCGCCUGGGCAGGAGGGCCAACGAGACCCUCAUCGAGAUGGCUCUGUCGGCCGACGAUGACAUUGCGGUUCUCACCAAGUUCAAGCCAUCACAGUCAGAAGGGGAGGAGUGCAAUGGACCUGAAACGAUUUCGACUGCAGGCUCAGAAAUCCCCAGCAGCUCUGAGGGCCUAAACAGCACUGAGACUACUUUACUCAUCCCUGAACAUCAAGUGCAGAGUGGAAGGAAGUACAAUCUGUUCCUGCGGCGCCGCCUGAGGAUUGAUAAAAGACAUCAAAGCAAAGAUUCUAUUUUCUUCAGGGAUGGUGUCAGGAGAAUUGAUUUUGUUCUCUCCUAUGUGGAUGAUCUCAAUAAGGAAUGGGAAAAAAAGUUGGAAAGGAGAAAGGAAUUUGAGAGCAACCUGCAAAAGGCUGGUUUGGAGCUAGAAACGGAAGACAAGAAGGAAUCUGAAGAUGGCAAGAUUUUUUUUGUGAAGAUCCACGCGCCGUGGGAAGUUCUGAUCACAUACGCAGAAGUGCUGAACAUCAAAGUUCCCAUCAGGGAAAAUGACAUUCCCCCCAUGGUAGAGAACCCCCUGGACUGUGUGCUGUUCCCCCUCAGGCUGCCCGAGAAGGUGAUGCACCCUGAGCCCGAUUACUUCACGGCCCCCUUCAGCAAGGACAAGCAGGAGCUGUACCUCAUCAAUGACGAGAGCACUUUCUUCUCCCCUUCCAUGAGGAACAGAAUAGUUAAUUAUAUUCUUACACGUUGCCCGUAUGGAACAGAAGAAGGGAAGAAAAAAUUUGGGAUUAAGAGACUGCUGAACAAUGGCACCUAUACAGCUGCAUAUCCUCUUCAUGAUUGCCAGUACUGGAAGAAGGCCAGCGACCCCAACUGCGACAGCGAGAGGUACACGCUGUACAUGGAGUGGGCGCGCUUCCUGCGCUUCUACAAGGAGCAACCGCUGGACCUCAUCAGAAAGUACUAUGGUGAGAAGAUUGGGAUCUAUUUUGCCUGGCUAGGAUUUUACACCGAGAUGUUAUUCCUUGCAGCAGUUGUUGGCCUAAUCUGCUUUCUUUAUGGCUUGUUUACAAUGGAUGAAAAUAUGAGCAGCAAAGAGAUCUGUGACCCUGCAAUCGGAGGAGAGAUCAUCAUGUGCCCGCUGUGUGAUCGGGACUGUGAAUACUGGAGACUGAACACCACCUGCCAGUCCUCACAGUAUUCCCAUUUGUUUGACAACGUGGCAACUCUCUUUUUUGCCAUUUUCAUGGGCAUAUGGGUUACACUCUUCCUGGAGUUCUGGAAGAGGCGGCAAGCCAGACUGAAGUACGAGUGGGAUUUGGUAGAUUUUGAAGAGGAGCAGCAGCAGCUCCAGCUGAGGCCAGAGUACGAGGCCAAGUGCACCCAGAAGAAGAGGAACCCUGUGACUCAGGAGAUGGAGCCCUAUUUGCCUUUAACCAGCCAGGCUGUGCGAUUCUGCAUCUCAGGAGCUACAGUGCUGUUCUGGGUGUCGCUGAUCAUCGCCAGCAUGAUCGCGGUGAUCGUGUACCGCCUGGCCGUGUACGCCGCCUUCGCCAGCCUCAUGGAGAACACGCAGAGCCUGCAGCCCAUCAGCGGCCUGCUCACCCCGCAGCUGGCCACCUCCGUCACCGCCUCCUGCCUCAACUUCGUCAUCAUCAUGAUCCUCAACUUCUUCUACGAGAGGAUCGCCAUCUGGAUCACCGACAUGGAGAUCCCCAGGACUCAUAUGGAAUAUGAGAACAGGCUCACUAUGAAAAUGUUUUUGUUCCAGUUUGUCAACUACUAUUCAUCCUGCUUCUAUGUGGCCUUCUUCAAAGGGAAGUUUGUUGGCUACCCAGGUGCCUACACAUACAUGUUCAAUCGCUGGCGAAAUGAAGAGUGUGAUCCUGCAGGCUGUCUGAUAGAACUGACGACACAGCUCACCAUCGUCAUGGCUGGCAAGCAGAUCUGGGGGAAUAUCCAGGAGGCCAUUGUCCCCUGGAUUUGUAACUGGUGGGGUCGUCGGAAAGCCAGAAAUAAUCCUGAGAAUUUAUACAGUCGCUGGGAGCAAGACCAUGAUCUGCAGACAUUUGGAGCCUUAGGCCUGUUCUAUGAAUAUUUAGAAAUGGUCAUUCAGUUUGGGUUCAUUACUCUCUUUGUGGCGUCCUUUCCGCUGGCGCCGCUGCUGGCCCUGAUGAACAACGUCCUGGAGAUCCGCGUGGACUCGUGGAAGCUGACCACGCAGUUCAGGCGGCCCGUGGCCGCCAAGGCUCACAGCAUCGGUGUGUGGCAGGAGAUCCUCAACGGCAUGGCCAUCCUGUCCGUGGUCACCAACGUGAGUGUGCCCGCUGCUGCAUCAACGCUAAUUCUUCCUGUAGGCACCGUGUGGAGAACUAAAAACCAGCUGGCUUUUAUUGUUGCAUUCACAUCAGAUAUGAUCCCUCGUUUAGUUUACUACUAUGCUUAUUCUGAAAAUGAAGACUCACCCAUGUCUGGAUACAUAAACAACAGUUUGUCAGUGUUUCAAAUCUCAGAUUUUCCUGAGAGAAAUGAGCCUAAAGAGAAUCCAGAAAACUUUGUCAUAUGCAGGUACAGGGACUAUCGCUAUCCUCCGGACCACGAGAAGAAAUACUUGCACACCAUGCAGUUCUGGCACAUCCUGGCUGCCAAACUGGCCUUUAUAAUUAUUAUGGAGCACGUUGUGUUCAUCGUCAAAUUCUUUGUAGCGUGGAUGAUCCCUGAUGUUCCUGCAGAUGUGAAAGCCAAAAUAAAGCGUGAGAAGUAUUUAACACAAAAAAUCCUACAUGAGUAUGAACUAGAGAAGCUGAAGGAGAGGCUGUGCCAAGGUGAUAAAGGAGCCACAGAGAAGGAGUUCAUCGCCACGGAAGGGAGAAUGGAGCUCUCCAGAGCCAUGUAGCCAAAGCCCAGCUAGCUGGGAUUGGCUUGUUUCAGCUUUUUUAUCUGUGGUGUGCUCAGUAUGCAUCGUGUUGAAAGCUCUAGCAGAGUUCAACCCUUCUCUUACAGUCCAAAGAUUCUGGAGUUUUCUUGAGGAGUUUCACUGAGCUUUCAAGGUUUAGGAAAUCUAUUUAACUGUAUGAUUUUGGCACUGGUUUUUAUUUACCCAUGACUUUGAAUAGGAAAUGUAAUCUUGUAAUCCCAGAGUUUUGACUCCUGCUAUAGGGACUGUUAACCUCAAAGGGCUCACAGGACACAGUAAGAUCAUUUACCACCAAGCCCUCUCCCUGUUGCUAACUGCAAUGUUCCAGGCUGUAUCCCAGCUGACUGAGAAGGAUACCACAGAGGACCACUGCUGUGGAAAAUGCAGAGAAUUGUUAUUUUUAAUAUGUGAUAAUUUAAAUGGAACACUCCUGAUACAAAGGUUAAGGUUUGGGGCUUUUUUUAAUAUUCACUACGUCUUACAAAACAUUGGUUUGAACUUCUAUACAUUUUGUAGAAGGAGUUGAUUUUUAAAGAUGUAUUGGUUUAAUUCCACUUGGAAUUAUUUAUAGGCAUAAAAUUCAGUUAAGACAUACUAGUGAAAGGGAAGAAAAGCCGUAGCUUAUUUUCAUAAAGAUACAAUUAACAGAAGAAUUGACUCUCUAAAUACAGAUAUUGUGGAAUCACCUAAAUGCAGUGGGUUUUGGAAAGAUGUAUGUGAUUUGGAGAAUAACAGUUAUUUAAUUUCUCAUGCUCAAAAACUCCUAUUGGCAAAUAAUGUUUGACAUUGUUUUCGGCCAAAGCUGCCAGUUUAUUUAUUUCUUUGUUUGGAUUCUCAAUGAAUGCCAGCAAAGGGCUAAAGCUGUGUCUGUCCUCGAUGUGUACUGUGCAGUGUGCCUGCACUCCAUGGCCCUGGACUGGGAGCUGCACCACCAUACCAGCGGAUUGAGCUGCAUGGUUUGGUCUUGGAUUUUUAUCCAAAAGAUUUUAAGCAUGCCAAAUAAUCUAUGUUUAUGCUGUUAUUGUCCUUAUACAUAGUAUCCUGAGGCUUGGGGGUUGUUCUGGUUUUCUUUCCUUUUGAAUCUUUGGGAAGGAUUUUUCUUUUUUGUUAGGUGGCUUUUCUACAGAGUUAGUGAGUUUAUGAAUAUAUAAUAACUAUUUGUGCAGAGUAGCUUCCAGCUGUUUAGGAACGUGCCAUAAUUUUCCUCCUCAUUGAAGCAGGUAGGCACUUCUAUGCUUUUGCUGUACAUUUAAAACGUAUCAGUGCUUCCAUGCUUAGUGCCUUGUUCUUUUGCAUUUGGCAAGAGGUGUGCCAUGAUCUCUGCAGGGCAGUGCCUCUUCCCAGGAUGUGCUUGCAGCAUCAGGAUCCUGUGAAUCUGCAGAGCUGUUCAGUGUUCCCAGACCUUGGCACACUUCUCUUUCUUUGGGUGCCAUGAGGACUGCAGGGGAGCAGCUCGUGCCUCGACUGCAGAUGGUUGUAACACCAGACUGUUCCGUUCCCUCGUGCUGAACACACAAGGUAGACAAGAUUAGAAAAUCCUGCUCUAUUUGCACUUUGAAAGUUAGACUUCCUGCAAGUGUACACACAGAAAUCGGGCUCUGUGUUGCACAUUGCUGAGCGAUGUGCUGGUGACUCGUGCCACAGCUGGGGUGCUCUGUUGAGCUCUGGCUGUGUCCUGCAGUGCCUGGCGAGUGACCUCGGUGCUGUGGCAGCUCUGAGGCAGUGUCCUGAGCGGAGCUGUUGUCCCUGGCAGGAGGGUUCACACCAAGUGCCUACCUCGAGCACCCUCACCCAGCCAGGCCGCCAGCCAGGCGCCGAUGCCGACGCACAUUUCUCCUCACUGUAAGUCACCCCCCUUCUCUGAGGUUGCUUGAUCAGUCCAUUUAUGUUCAUGAUGAACCGGUCCUGUUGUUGAAUAUUCAGAUAUGUUUGAAGUAAGGGAUCUGUUGGAGGAAUGCUUUGUAUAUAAAUCAGCUGUGCUGCUUCCCGUGUAAGCCAAAGAAGAGAAUGGGCCGCCAGUCAUGAUCACAUAUCAGACAGCGCAGUUUGCACAAUGAGAGCACUGUGCUGCAUCUCGCACAUACACUGUUCAUUAAACUGCCUAAUUAGAUGUUGUGGGGUUGUUACUGUUUGCAGUGCAAACGUGCUUCAGACAGAAAGGUGAUGAGAUGCAAAAGGAUGUAUUUCUGUGCAAAGUCUACAACCUGACUGAAGCUGGAAACAGAUUUGGGAAUUCAGCGUUAGAUGCACUAUUUCUGCUUAUGGAAGAUUAACUUCUUCAAGUAAUAAAGUGUCCUAAUAUACUACCCUUGAAAGGAUAUCAGCAAAAUAGGUGUAUUGGGAAUGAACAAUGCUAUUUAAAAGCAAGACAAAGGAAAAUACAUUUGUUUGGGAUACAGCAUUGAUGUGCAGACCCUGAAUUUAAAUUGAUGUUUUGACUCCUACCUUGUGCUUGUUACAAACUUAAGAUGACUUGCUAUUUAAUGCAGUACCAACAGAUGUUUUGUAUAUGUUGUAUCAUACAAUAGAAAGUGGAAAAAAAACCCCUGUGAUCAGCUUAUUUAGGAAAAAAAUAUGUAUGUAUCUUAAAAAUAAGUCAUUACACUUCAUAGCUUUGUAUACAGAAACUGUUGAAAAGGGAUUCUGUUGUCAUACUAGAAGCUAAUAUCUCAUGAAAAAAUCAGUCUUGACACCUUUUUACAUAAUAGUUUGCCUUUACUUGCCAUUAAGCAGUAUUUUGACUAAAGGUAUCAGUAUGGUUGUGUUUAUAAUGGUUCACAUAAGUUCCCUGAAGUGUUCUUGAAAAGUGACAAAAGGAAGGAAGGCCUGGUCAGUUUGGAGAUGUACUGAUUGUUACUCCUGGAAUAUUUCAUUUUGAUGUGAUUCAGUAUCUAAAAGUGUCCUUUAACCAAAGUGAAUGAAGUUCUGUGUUGCAAUUACUGUAAUUUAAACAACAACAGAUUGCCUCGUUAAAAUUAGUUACACAAAACAAAAUUGACCUUUCAGGUGUAAUACAAUCAGGGAACUUUUUUUAUUAUUUUUUUGCAAUUAAAAUUUAGGUUUUUUACCUUGGGCAGGUUUAGUGUGGUAUGUUCUGAGCAAUGGACUGCAAAAGAACACUGCUACUAUGAGACACUAUCGUAUUUUUUCUAGAAAUUUGUUUUACUAUGCUUUUAUUUUUUUGUGUAACGGUGUCAAUUCGAGGCAGCAGAAGGAAGUGAAAAUGGAUGGAGUUUCUGACUGUUCUACAUGUACCACUUGUUUCUUGUACUGUCCUGUAACCUGAGUGGUGUUUCUGUCUGCCAAGUGUGUUGCUGAUAUAUCUUAUGAUACACUAAUGUCAGAAUAAAUUUUGUAAACGUUCUGCUAACAUUUAAUAUGCACAGCAAAUAAAGCUGUGUUCAUUUUUA